UAUUACGAAUUGCUUGAUACUUAUCAAGAUAGAUGUGGUAAUUCUUAUUGUGAUAUUGCUACAAAACACAAUGCUUCCAAUGUGAUGGAAUAUUUAAGCAGAAUUGGCAUAAAUUUAAAUGGUGUUAACAGCGAUCAAAAAGCUUCUCCUUUUUUGAGUCAUCCAUUGGAAGACCCAGAUAUUCAGCAAAUGGAACUUAUCACUGAUACUACUAAUAAAGUUAGAAAAUGCAUUCAAACAUUACUCGGUGAGCAGUAUAAAACAGAACAAACUAAGGUGUGUGAUAUUAUUGAUACCACGAAUAUUAAUGCUAUGAAAGAGUGGAGGUUCGAAAGCAAGUUACUUGUUGUAUGCUGUUUCGAGAAAAAUACAAAAUGCAUCCAUCUUGCUAUUAUGGAAAUGGACACGGAUAUGACAAAGAAUAUGAAUGACAGGUUUCCGUAUUUAUUAAAUCCAUAUAAUGAUUAUCACGCAGAAGGAGAAGAAGAAGACUCACCUCUUCAUAGAUGUAUUUACGGUGAUGGAUAUUUGGUAAUUGAGAAAGUAGUAGAUUUGAUCAUAAGUAAUGUCUCCACACGACCUGAAAAUUUCAAAGCGGCCUUUAAAACUUUGCGCGAGUGGCCAAAGCUCGAUUGCAUUUUGAAGAAGGCAGUACAAGCGCUGGAAAAUAAUACUGAGAAUGUAGUACAAUUUUGGGCAAUUUCAUUGAUAACAAGGUAUAUCUCAGAAAAAUUUAUUUAUGAAAAUGACGAAAUUGUGGUAAAAUUGAUUGAUUUAGUAAUGCAUGGAUUGAUUAACUAUCUUAAGGAAAGCUAAUUAUUUAUGAAUACAUAAAAUUAUUCAUAACUAUCUUUACUU